AUGAACUUCGUCUUGCCUGCUGAUCCCGAGCUAUCCCGCCGUUCGACUGUACCAGGGUCUUCGGAAAACCGGCGCAGUUUGCGUCGAUGGUCCAGUCUCCACGGAUCACAUCCUCCGAGCGCAGUCUCCUCUGAGCCCAUAUCGCAGCGAGGCUUCUCUCGAGAAGCAACUUGGCAGACCAUAUCCCGAUCUAGUGAAUCAACCUAUGAGCUCCCUGCCUUGGAUUCAGAUCUUCAAGAGUGGUGCACCACGCUUCUGGAUUUCAUCGACCAAGAUGACUUUGAGAUUGCAGCACCAUCUGGAGAUAGUUCUGGUGACCAUGAUGAAGAUCGAAGCUGGACGACGGACACUGCAGGAUCGCUACCACGUCUCAGCAGUACAGGUGUGCAAGAAUCGGCAACGCUGCAUAGUCGUACCGCUAUCAAGCAACGUCGCCGGAAGGUGACCGUUUUCGCUCUGCCCGAUGCUUCGUUGGUGGAUCUGGUAGCAUCUUCGGCUGAAUAUACAUAUGAGGCGCACUCUCAUCCUAGAUCUUCCGUAGGAGACUUUGCACUACCGUCCAGCAACACGUUGAUGACCGGAAAAUCAGGAGGAUACCGACAUGAGCCGCAAGCUGCAGGUAAUGGACGGGCACCUCCGAAUCACGAUCAAGACACGCUCAGAAUCCUCGAAGGCAAUGGGCCAUUUAUACUUGACGCGAGGGACAUCAGCCGCUCCCAGUUCCAGGAAAUACGACAUGGCGCCGAAGAUAAUUCCAGUUUGGAAAGCCCCGUGCGCCUGCAAUUGAUGCCUCGUGGAGAUGUCGUUGAUGGAAAUGCGGUAGAGCGACAGGUCCACCCAUGGACUUCUGGGGUGUUCAACGAGCUGGGAGAGGACAUCGUAUGGUUUCUUGACAAUAUGGGGGAUGAAACCGCUGCUACUGGAGGAGAAGGACUGCCCUCGCCUGCGGAUGCUCAACACUGGUCCGACACUGAGAGCAAUCAUGCAGCAGAGCAUUCGGAAAACGAGUUGGAAGGCGAGAUCUUGUCGUUGCUUGAUGGCCUGCAGGGUUUACCCCAUGGAGGCAAUGGAGAAGGUCAGUCCUCGCGUGAGGAUGCUCAACUCGGGCUCGAAGUCGAGCGCGACCAUGUAGUGGAGCAUCCAGAAGACCGAUCUUCGAGCCUGAUGGCCACGCCACCACCUCCACCAAUCGUUCUUCCUGCUCGCACUGGGAGCAAGAAGAAGCGCUUCGGACGGCUUGGGCGCUGGUUGAAAAAGAUCGUAACGCGCUAG